AUGAGGGUUGCAAGAAUUUUCCCUGCAAUUGUUUCUUUGGCAUUGCCAUUGUUUCUUUCACUGUCAUUUUCAUUUGCUCUGAUUCCAUUUAACGAUGAUAUUCCAUCAAGAACACUCGAUUCCGUUCUUCAAGACUACGCCUUUAAGGCGUUUUCCAACCCGAAAACAGGUGUACCUUAUGAUGCUCAAUUGCCUUAUAACCUAAUAGGGGUUAAUGUUUCAGCAUUGAGGCUUAGAAGUGGUAGUUUAAGAGCAAGAGGUGUUGAAGCCUACAAAGAGUUUCAGAUCCCACCAGGGGUUGUUGAGCAGCCUUAUGUAGAGAGGCUUGUUUUGGUUUAUCAUAACUUAGGAAACUGGUCUGAGAAAUUUUACCCUUUGCCCGGUUACACGUAUCUAGCUCCUGUUUUAGGUUUGUUAUCCUAUAGUGGUGUUGAUUUGAAUGCUGAUAAGUUGCCUGAAUUGGAUAUAAGAGCUUCUGAUAAACCGAUUUUGAUUAAGUUCCAUGAUGUGAAAUCAGCACCAUAUGGUUUGUUUCCUAAAUGUGUGUAUUUUGAUUUACACGGUUCGGUGCAAUUCGAUAUUCUACCAUCUGAUAACAUCUGUUCAACGAUGCAACAAGGGCAUUUCUCGAUUGUUGUUGAGUCUAACGCACCGACCCCGGCGCCUGCUGUUGCUGCUACUAUUGAUAACGGUCGUGGGAAGAAAAUGUUUAAGGUGUGGAUAAUUGUCGGGUCGUUGGUUGGUGGAUGCGUAUUGUUGAUACUAUUGAGUUUAUUGGUCGUUAGAUUGAUAAAGAUGAAAAAUGGGAUGAAGAUACAGGAAAUGGAAUGGAGAGCUGAUAGCAACGAGACUUUGCAGAUGACAUCAGUUGGAGGAACCAAAGCACCAUUAGCAAUUGGGACUCGAACACGACCGAUGAUAGAAAACGAUUACAUUCCUUAG